GGGCUGGGUGGACACAUGCAUAAGAGCCCCAGCCUGGCCGCUGCGGUCACUCCCCUGCUGCCGCCUGAGAACAUGCUGGCGGCCACUCUGCUGGCCCUGGCCCUGCUGGGCAGUGCUCAGGCCUGCCCCAAUGGCAACUCCUAUGCAGCGGGCAUUGUGUGCCGGAUCACCAAGCCUGCCACGCUGGUGUUGAACCAGGAGACCACCAAGGUGAUCCAGACCGUAUUCCAGCGAGCCAGCUACCCGGACAUCGAGGGGGAGAAGAGCAUGCUCUUGCUGGGCCAAGUGAAGUACAGCCUGCACAACAUCCAGAUCGGACAGCUGUCCAUCGCCAGCAGCCAGGUGGAGCUGGUAGAAGACGAGUCAGUCGACAUCUCUGUUCAGAACGUGUCUGGGAUCUUCAAAGGGACCCUGAACUACAGCUACACUAGCGCCUGGGGGUUGGGCAUGGCCCAGUCUGUGAACUUCGAGAUCCACUCCUCCGUUGACCUCCAGAUCAACACGCAGCUGACCUGUGACUCUGGCCUAGUGCAGGCUACUACCCUUGACUGCUACCUGUCUUUCCACAAGCUGCUCCUGAACCUCCACGGAGAUCACAAGCCUGGCUGGUUCCAGCAGCUGUUCACGAACUUCAUCUCCUUCACCCUGAAGAUGAUCUUGAAGGGACAGGUCUGCAGAGAAGUUGACAUCAUCAGCAACAUCAUGGCCGACUUUGUCCAGAAGAGAGCUGCGCACUUCCUCUCGAACGGAGACAUCAAGGUGGACAUCUCCCUGACCAGAUCACCUGUCAUCAAAUCCACCUACCUGGAGUCUCACCAUAAGGGCUAUGUCAUCUACAGGAAUGUCUCCCAGGUCCUCCCCCUCCCCACCUUCGCGCCCAGCCUUCUGGGGGACUCCCGCAUGCUGUACUUCUGGUUCUCUGACCAAGUCCUUGACUCGCUGGCCCAGGCUGCCUUCCUGGACGGCCGCUUCACACUCAGCCUGACCGGGGACGAGUUCAAGGCCAUGCUGGAGACCCAGGAUUUCAACACCAACCGGGACAUCUUUCAAGAGGACAUCACCACCACCGUGCAGGCCUCCUACUCCAAGAAGAAGCUCUUCCUGAAGCUCCUGGAUUUCCACAGCCCUCACCUCCUCAGGAGCUCGGAGGCCAUCCAGAGCUCCUUGAGGUCGGUGGUCGCCAUGGUGGGCAUCCCUGAUGUCAUGUCUCGCCUGGAGGUAGAACUUACAGCUAUUGUAAACAGCAAAGGCCUGGACCUCUUUGAAAUCAUCAACCCUGAGAUUAUCACUCGGGAUGGCUACCUGCUGCUGCAGAUGGACUUCGGCUUCCCUGAGCACCUGCUGGUGGACUUCCUCCAGCGCUUGACCUAGAAGGUGCCCAGGAGGUUG